CUAAUGUUUUCCAUAACGACGCCAUACUGAAAACAGAAUCACGCUGCUUAAACUCUUGUUAUAUGGCUGAGAAAAACACUUCAUUGUGUAAAGGAAAAAAGCGCGGUCCUAUGGGAUUCUAGCUAAGGAUUGGUAACAGGGGACAGUGGGAGGGAGGGGGUCUCUCCGUGUUUUUCGACUCCUAGAUGGCCUCCCGGAUAAGCGAACGAUUAUCUAGAGCUUACCCAGCAAAAGAACCUGCACUGGAGGCUAAGCCCCCAACGGAAGUUGAACCCUUCCGGAUACCAAGUUUACAUUUGAGUAGCCGCGUAUUCCAUCAAAGAGUACGAUAUACUAGAAUCUGUAGUGAAAAGCACCUCAGAUGGUCCAGACUGACUGAGGAAAAUAUUGCAAUUAUCCCGCUAAAAUCUAGCCUCUUGUAGGCAUUCCGUUCAGUUGGACAAUUAAGUGUAGCACGGAAUUGAAGGGCAGAGCGAAAAGAGGAGAGCAGGGUGCUUGCCAAGUUUUUCCGCCCUUGAUAGAGAGCCUUUCUGCGCCGCUCUUAGAUUUUGUCGCGUGGCCCCAACUAACUGGACGGCUGGAGAAGGAAAGCUAAAACUGAGAAAGGAGGGAUGAUAUCUCUGAAAGUAAUCAAUUUCUCCGCAAAUUUUUCAAUGAAUUAUAGUGUAGAGUCAACCUCGUUCCCAGGGUCUUUUCCUCGAAGGUUUUGUGGAGAAGGCCCUGAGAACAAGGUUUGAACGCCAGAGAGACCCUGGGAACAACGAUAUGAACGCCUGAUCAAAUUCAGAUAAAAUGGAUACAAGCAUACAGUUUUCGGGAUUCUAGAAUGAACCGCGGACGAGGAGGAUCUCGAAGACCAAAUCGAGGGGGAGGACGUUUCAAUGUAAAGCCUCGAACUUUAAACCGUACCGUUCUUUCUUCAGCAAAACAAGAGCGAGAUCAAGACCCGGAAGAGUACACAGACGACUACGAUGAAGAAUUCGAGUAUGGCGAUGCUAUGGCCGCAAUUCGUGAACCUUCGCCGGACAGAAAGAGCGCAGUGCCGGCAAAAUCUAAAUGGAGGUCCAAGGCUCCGAUUCAAAGACUGCAAAUGAGCGGCGAAAACCAAGAAAUGAUAGAAGAAGCUCUUCGGGGUCUUCAACUUGGCAGGACUAGCAUUGACGAUUUUAAAAGCGUGGAUUUCGAUGUUAAACAGGUUGAGAGAAAUGAAGCUUAUUGGAAGAAGGCUGGAGAUCAGAAACUGGUGGUUGAAAGCGGGAUUAACUUUGCUGUUGAUCGCGAGAACGAAUUACAAAUUGAAGUCGACGAAGAAAUCUAUAGCUCCUAUGCGGUGAAGAAGUUGCUUCAAUGUGGCUUUGAGAAAAAGAGGUGCAUAGACGCCCUGAAGCAGAAUGAUGGAGAUCUAGGGGCAGCUUUGGAGUAUUUACUUUGUGGUUGUUGCGAACUAAGUCAGCUUGGAAAGAAAAAUCCAGCUUAUAGCGAAGAAACGUUUCAAGAAGCAACUGUUCAAAGGCAAGAAGAAGCCAUGGCUCUUGAAUCAAUUUACAAUGAAGCAUUCACAGAAGUUCUUGCAGACAGUGUGUGGACAAUUGAGUUGGAAUUGCCUUUUCUACAAGCAGAAUUUGAACUAAAGAAUAGUAGAAGAAAUGUACACAAGCAAAAGACAACCAAAAAGUCUACAGAGAAGGCUGCUAAUGUGUGUAGAUUCUUUCAACAAGGUUACUGUAAAUUCGGUGACAAAUGCAGACUGAGUCAUGCUAAAUCUGAUAAUGAAACAGGGUCAAAUGGAACAAAGAGUGAGCCUGAAAUGAAAGAUGUUGUGAAUGACAGAACAGGUCCAUCCUUUCUUUUCCAUCUGGAAGUCCGAUUCUGUAAAGGAUCCCUCUACCCUUUUGAACCUCCACUGGUUGUAUUUUACUCUACUCAUGAAUCAGUCUCGCCAUCAGGGUGUCUUAAUGUCACAUUAAGGCUCAAUAGGGAGUCUAAAGAUUUAUGUGAUACUCAGAACCCUGUGAUCUUUUGCCUUACCAGCCUUUUAGAGAACGAGGUGGAAAUCAUGGCAUGCUAUAACAUGCCUCCUUCUGAGUAUAGCUUGCCUGUAACAACAAAGAUUGUCACUGCAUUAGCUGACUCACAAGGUACUGUAUUUGAAAGAGACCUACCAAGUGAUAAAAGCAGGGCAGUCAACAAGAAGGUGGAUAUUACAGAACCACAAGCAUCACCAGAUGUGCUCAAAACACAAAAGAAAAACAGGAAACUCAAACAGCAGUUUCAGCAAUUGCAGUCCGUUCCAGCAUAUAAGUUGAUGCUCGAGGAAAGAAAAAAGCUCCCCGCUUGGCAGUCACAAGAUAACAUCGUAGGAAAACUCCAGGACCAUCAAGUUAUUGUUAUCAGUGGAAUGACAGGAUGUGGUAAGACCACACAGAUUCCACAGUUUAUCCUCGAUAGUCAUCUCAAGGGUGGCCAUGGGGAAGAGUGCUUCAUCAUUUGCACUCAGCCACGCCGAAUCUCGGCCAUGUCUGUGGCAGAAAGAGUAUCUAGUGAGAGAGUUGAGAAGAUUGGACAGUCAGUGGGUUAUCAAGUCAGACUGGAGAAUAAACAGUCUGCAGAAACACGCUUGUUGUACUGUACAACAGGGAUUCUCCUGCGUCGUUUAGAAGGAGAAUCUAGCUUGCCUGGCGUGAGUCAUAUCAUUGUGGACGAAGUUCAUGAAAGAACUGAAGAAAGUGAUUUUCUUAUGAUGGUUCUAAAAGACCUGUUGACUGUGAGAACUGACAUUCGGGUCAUACUGAUGAGUGCUACACUGAAUGCGCAACUUUUUUCACAGUACUUCUAUGAUGCCCCUGUCAUUCACAUACCAGGUCGCACAUUUCCAGUCGUGGAGUUUUUUCUGGAAGACUCCUUAGAUAUGACAAAGUUUCAAAUUGACCCAAGCUCACCCUAUGCAAAACCAAUAAAAAGCUUGAACAUUCCUGGUACGUCUUCCAAGAAGGGCCAGCUGAGUAAAGACAUUCAGCAAGUACAGGCAGAUUGUGUUAAAUCUGCUGACUUCAGACCUCCUGAAGAAAGAAUGGAUGAUCAAAAUUUAACUGAGGAUCAAAUGGCUUGGAGAUACUCAAAUUACAGUAAAAGUACCAUUUUUUCCCUCUGCGCAAUGGAUCACAACAAAAUCAACUAUGAUUUGAUUGUUGCCAUUCUAGAAUGGAUUGUGGGCAAAGAGCACGAGUACCCCAAGAGUGGCGCCGUGCUGGUGUUUCUUCCUGGCAUGGGAGAAAUUAUGGCUUUGCUGGAACAACUUCAGAAUCACAAAACAUUCAGUUCAAAGACUUCUAACAGGUUCAGGAUCAUUCCUCUGCACUCCAUGCUUUCUAGUGAAGAACAGAGCAUGGUUUUCAAGAAGCCAAAAGAGGGUGUCCAAAAAAUAGUUCUGUCCACAAACAUUGCAGAGACUUCAGUUACUAUAGAUGAUGUCGUUUAUGUCAUCGAUUGUGGAAGAAUGAAAGAAAACAGGUAUGACUCUGUCAAGGGCAUGGAAAGCCUCGAGGAAGUCUGGGAAUCUCAAGCAAAUGCACGUCAGAGACGAGGAAGAGCAGGCCGAGUGACAUCCGGGGUCUGUUUCCACUUGUUUACCAGUCAUCGAUUUGAGCACAAAAUGGCCGGCCAUCAGAUUCCGGAAAUUCAGCGAGUUCCUUUGGAGAAGCUGUGUCUUCGUAUAAAAGUCUUGGGACUUUUCUUCGGCCGAGAAAUCAAGGAUGUUCUAGGCAAACUCCUGGAACCGCCAUCUGAAGAAUCAAUCAACGAUUCCAUCAAAAGACUNAACUAUUAUGGCUUUAUUGUGUGUUUUCAGAAUCUCACUUCAUUGGGUUAUCAUUUGGCAGCUUUGCCUGUUGAUGUGAGGAUUGGGAAGUUAAUGUUGCUAGGUGCCAUAUUUCAAUGUCUGGACCCUGUGUUGACCAUUGGAGCGAUACUCAGCUAUCGUUCACCGUUUGUAAGUGUUUCUGCUGUAUUUUGUUCUUCAACAGAAAGCUUAUGUAAAGGCAUAAAGAAGGUUCCAAAUGUUCGUUCCCAGGGCUGGCUCGAGGCUAUGGCGACCGGAGUGGCCGCUGGGUAUCAUUUCUGCCGUUCAAACUUCUUAUCCAUGAAAACCUUUCAGAUGAUUGCCAGCCUCAAGUGUCAGUACGCAGAACUAUUGUCUGAUAUCGGUUUCAUAAAAACGGACCUGACGGCCAGGAAGAUAUCAAUGGAUCACAACAAAAUCAACUAUGAUUUGAUUGUUGCCAUUCUAGAAUGGAUUGUGGGCAAAGAGCACGAGUACCCCAAGAGUGGCGCCGUGCUGGUGUUUCUUCCUGGCAUGGGAGAAAUUAUGGCUUUGCUGGAACAACUUCAGAAUCACAAAACAUUCAGGGCUGUUCCUGUUGAUUCUAAAGCGUCUGAACUCAAGUUCUGGACCAAGAAUGACGGCCAGGUGUUUAUCCAUCCAAAGUCGGUGAACUUUCAAGUAAACUCUUUCGACAGUCCAUUCCUUGUUUAUCACGAGAAAGUCAAGACUUCCAAGGUUUACAUCCGGGACUGCAGUAUGGUGUCGAUGUACUCUUUACUUCUGUUCUGUGGCGACUGUUUGUCUGUGAACUUGGAAAAAGGUGUUUUUGUCGUUUCCAUUGACGAUGGAUGGAUUCGCUUUUCAGCGUCUUCGCACGAGAUUGCCACACUUGUUCAAGACUUGAGGAAGGAACUUGACCGUCUACUAGAAAACAAAAUAGAAAAUCCUUCUCUUGAUUUAAUGAGUUGUGCGAGAGGAAGCAGAAUCAUUGACGCUAUUGUUCGUUUGAUUUCAACUCAAUAACAGCAAAGGAUGCAAUGUGAUUCCGCAGUAUAAUUUUCCUUUCCUUUCCUUUCCUUUCCAACACAUGGUUAUAAUUUCCGUAUUUUUUAAGCGCAGGAAGAAACCAGUGAGUUGAGAUUUCGAAACUUUCUUGCGAUCCCGAGAACGAGAUUUUUCUUGAAAUCAAUCCUUUUAUAAUUAUCAGCUAAAUUUCGAAUUUAAGCCCUCUUUUCAAAAAUCCUGUUAACGGCUGAGAUAGGUUUUUUGAAAACUCAUUUUACCCACACAUGCUUGAUAAUGCAAAUAAUUUCAUUUAUUAUGGUAGAUGUGUAGAUAAAGAAAUAAAUUUAUUUGAGUGCUGCUUGACAUUUCAAUGAGCAGGCAGCACGCCAUAUUUUCCCAGUGCAAUACAUCAACGGUCGAUGCCCCAAUAUUAAAUUAUUGUUGACAAUUCUUCGCAUCCCUUUGUCUCUGUGAUGGUUUUGUAUUUGUACGCUUUAGCCUUGUUCACGCUAGCGACAUAACGACACCAUGAGGUAACGGAAUAAUCGAUUAUGUCGGUAAUGUGAACAUCAACAUAAAGACAUAAGGAAAAGAUCUGGGUUUUUUGCGUUAGGUCGUUAUGUUCAUGCCGCUAUUUUGCUACUAUAUCAUGAUGCCGGGAUGUUCACACUAUAACAUCCUUCUGAUGUCGUUAUGUUUAUGUUGUUAGGUCGCUAGUGUUAACUUAGACUUCUUAUUGCUUGAGAAGCUGGCGUGAGUAUUUUUGAACUACACACCAAGACCUUAGAUUGACUUUAAAAACUCGCGCCGUUUUGUCAUCCAAUCAGAAGUAAACCGAAGACCAAAGGUGACUUGCACGCACACGUUUUCCCGCGCUUGGCAUCAGCUUCACGUAUUUGAAUUGAAUUUUGAUUGGUUCAAUUGAUUUUGUGAGUGCUUUAUGAUUGGCUAAAGUAAUUGCUUUGGUUUUGGAAACCUUACAUGAGAACAUCAAGGAGUGGUUUACCAUUUUAGAACGGAAGGCCUUCUCUACUCGAACAGGAAUUACAACCUUAGGUCUUUCUCGAAAGUCCGUGAGGAAGAAAGCAAAAUUGAUGAGGUGUUGAGUAGUUGUUGGAUCAAAAAGCAAUGACAAGGAAAUACCGCUAACAGAACAAGAUGGCGCCUUCAUUUACAAUUCGGUUUUCCGCAUUCUCGUCCCCAUAGCCCUUUUCGCUUCUCUUAGUCGGCGCAGCCAUGGCACGAGAAACGAAAGAUUCUGGGACUUCCGGUCUUCAUGUAUGCAGUCGUAAUGUUUCCAUAUACUGUAUGGGAUUGCCAAUGGCCGCCGUCGAGGCAGGAUUCGAGAAAUCUUUGUCUCGGACCUUUUAAGUAGCAUGGUAUCAAUUUGGAAAAUGUUUCCGUCAGUGUAGAACAGAAAGAGGCGAUAUGGAACAUUGUGAUUUUGUUUUUGACUCCUAGCAAGGAGCAACUGAAUCGUUUAUUUUGGUUGUUUCGCUUUUAACUGCCUUGAUGCGGGAUCAGAACGUGAAGCUAAACGAUUUGCAGGUCAGCUGUCUAAUGGUCGUCCAUUUUUGAACAUUGCUGACAACAGCUGUUUCAUAUUUUCGCGACAGCAAUCCGCGCGAACGUUUUAACUUUCGUCCAAGAUUUUUUUGUUUCCAAAC